GUAGGGUUAGUGGGCUCCACGUCUCGGGUGCCCCAGCCUGCUCCGCGGCGCCGCAUCCCCUCUGCCCGGCUCUCCGCUCCGAGCGCGCGGAUGAGUGGGAGCGCGGGGCGGUGCGCACGGCUCCCGGCCUCCCUCCCUCCCUCUCUCGCCGUGCUGUGCUCGCGGUGCCCCUGCCGGACUCGCACUCGCCAGUGCCCUUCACUGUCUGCCGCGUGAUUGGCCCGCCGCCUUUCUCCGCCAACUGGGAAUGCUAAACCGGGACUGAUGGACGUAUCGGAACUCUGCAUCCCGGACCCCCUCGGCUACCACAACCAGCUGCUGAACAGGAUGUCCACGGACGACCGGCACCUGGGCUCCAGCUGCGGCUCCUUCAUCAAGACUGAGCCGUCCAGCCCGUCCUCGGGCAUCGAUGCUCUCAGCCACCACAGCCCCAGCGGCUCGUCGGACGCCAGCGGUGGUUUUGGCCUGGCCCUGGGCACCCACGCCAAUGGGCUGGACUCACCGCCUAUGUUCCCAGGCGCGGGGCUGGGAGGCACCCCGUGCCGCAAGAGCUACGAGGACUGUGGGAGCGGCAUCAUGGAGGACUCGGCCAUCAAGUGCGAGUACAUGCUCAACGCCAUCCCCAAGCGCCUGUGCCUCGUGUGCGGGGACAUUGCCUCUGGCUACCACUACGGCGUGGCCUCCUGCGAGGCCUGCAAAGCCUUCUUCAAGAGAACCAUCCAAGGUGUGCGCCUUGACCGAGUGCGUGGGGGCCGCCAGAAAUACAAGCGACGACUGGACUCAGAAAGCAGCCCAUACCUGAGCUUACAGAUUUCUCCACCUGCUAAAAAGCCAUUGACCAAGAUUGUCUCAUACCUACUGGUGGCUGAGCCAGACAAGCUGUAUGCCAUGCCUCCUGCCGGCAUGCCUGAGGGGGACAUCAAGGCGCUGACCACUCUGUGUGACCUAGUGGACCGGGAGCUUGUGGUCAUCAUCGGCUGGGCCAAGCACAUCCCAGGCUUCUCCAGUCUCUCGCUGGGAGACCAGAUGAACCUGCUGCAGAGCGCCUGGAUGGAGAUCCUCAUCCUGGGCAUUGUGUACCGUUCGCUGCCCUAUGACGACAAGUUGGUGUACGCUGAGGACUACAUCAUGGACGAGGAGCACUCGCGCCUGGCAGGGCUGCUGGAGCUCUACCGUGCCAUUCUGCAGCUGGUGCGCAGGUACAAGAAGCUCAAGGUGGAGAAGGAGGAGUUCGUGACGCUCAAGGCCCUGGCUCUUGCCAACUCAGAUUCCAUGUACAUUGAGGACCCGGAGGCCGUGCAGAAGCUGCAGGAUCUGCUGCACGAGGCGCUGCAGGACCACGAGCUGAGCCAGCACCACGAGGAGCCCCGGAGGAUGGGCAAGCUGCUGCUGACGCUGCCCCUGCUGCGGCAGACGGCCACCAAGGCCGUGCAGCACUUCUACAGCGUCAAGCUGCAGGGCAAGGUACCCAUGCACAAACUCUUCCUGGAGAUGCUGGAGGCCAAGGUCUGACGGCCCGCCCAGCGCACGGACCUACGGAUGAUGGACCAGCGUGGAGACUUGCUGCCUCCAGCCUCGACCUCCGACCCCUGUGUGGUUCCAGAGCAAGGGACUUCUGCCUCCGGCUGUGUGUGUAGACUCCUGGGUGCAGGGGUGGGGGCAGGGCAUGGGCUCAUCUGUCACCUGCUUUUACUUUGGUACAUUUUUCCUUCUCCAUGGGUUGCUCUGAGGCCUGGGCCUGGGCUGACUCCCCUUGACACUGGAGACCCCGGGAGGAAGCACCUGCUACCCCACCAGACCAGUGUGAAGCAGCGGGUUUCCUGACCCAUUGCUUGUCCACAGCCUAGAUGGGCAGUGUUGGGUGCACCAGACUGUGACAACUCCUCGACGCCACCUGGGGGUGCCGUUCCACAGAGGGCAGGUCGUCCAGGGUCUUGGGCAGCUCUUUCCCAGGGCCCUGCCUGCCUGUGUCCUCUGGAGCACUCAAGAGGCCCCUUACCUUCUGCAGUCCACAUGGAUCUGUCCCUUCUCAGCCCUACACAUGUUCAGCUCCCAGCCCGGUACACCUUAGGGAGUAGCAGCCAGAGCUCCCAUGUUUUCCUGGGUACCCACUCUUCGGUGCUGUCCCACCAGACCUCACUGCUGCCCCAGUGCCCCUCUGUCAUCCCCACUUCCCCGAGGCCCUCCCCUACCUCAGGGCUUACACCGGGGCAUCUGCCAGCCACUGUGCAUCUAGGCCUGGACACACUGGUGUGCUGGCUCCAAAAAGAGUCGGUCCAGUCUGGUCCCCAGAAACCCCGGGGCCUUGGGAUGUUCCAAGACCUGGCCCCAUCCAGGGACACACGGAGGCUCUUGUUCAAGGCCAGCAGCCAUGGGAAGGUCUAGCAGGCUGGGGAAAGGCCCCAGCAGCACACACCGAGCAUAGAGAGGCCUGGCUGCAGAGUAGGGAGCAGGGGAGUCCUGCCGCCUGGUUAUGUUGUCCUCAGGUAGUGGGAUCUGGUGCCUUGGGGAGGGCAGAACACUGACUUGGUGGGAGGAAGAAGUGAGGAGAGGCCCCCUUCACUGCAAUCCAAAGAAGCAGGGAGCAUCUGCUGGCAGAGCUGUGGUGGUAGCUGCCUGGGCGGGGCCCAAGCCUCUGGCCUCUCUGUGGUCACCGCCAUCCAGUUCUGCCCCUGGUUUUCACAUGGGGCAUUCUGCAUCCCAGGAAACACGUCGGGUGUGUGGGAUAGAUGCUCACCCCACUGUUGUGGGGGGCCGUGAAGCCACUUCUCACCACUCCAGGGUAGUUCUGUAUUCCCAUCGGUGCUUAUGGGUUGGCAGCAGGGAGGAUCCCUGGGGACGAAGGGGGUUCAGUCUGGGAUGGAAAGUGCCCUUGCCAUCUUCUGAGGCACAGCUCGCGCCUGGCCCUGGGUCAGUGCUCCAGGGACGCACUGGGUCCUGGCCCCUGGGUCCCUACGGGGUUCCCGCGGGAAGCCGCUCUAUUGGCCUGCCCUACCUGACCCGAUAACCCCCAGCAACUGCAUGGCCUGAUCCGCUGGGAUUUGCUAGGAGCAUUCUGGGAGAGCCCCUCCCAGAGCCCCCUUUUUGCCUGAGGCCUGAGUCACUGGAUAAAUCAACACUAUAGAGUCCCCAUGCCCCAUCCCCUAGCUCUCCAUGCUGCCCCAAUGCCCCUUGCCUCCGAUCCCAGUGGUUAGACACAGUCAGGGCAAAGGCAUCUUGGGGAGUUGGGAGGCCCGGGGUAAACCUCUGAUCUCACAUAAUCUCUCAGGUCCUCAACUGAGGGGCGGCUCUGAAGAAUCCUAGUGAGAGUAGUUGGGUUCUAUUCUGUGCCCUGCCUCACUGCACCAUGUACCCCCAGGAAGGGGCAGAGGGUGGCAUUUCACACUGCUGUGUGGUGUCACUUUGUGCCUCAGCAUUGUCCAUCAGUGCCAGCAGUGAUGGGCCCAGCUGGUGCCUGCAGUGGGGAUCCUGGGAGUGGUGGGUGCCUUGCACGCGGCGUUUUUGCCUCCCAGGGUCUGAUAUUUCCCCAAGUUCCCAAGUUAGAGCUCCUCCUGGCAGGAGGGGCUCCAUUUCCUGAGGUGGAACUGCUGUGACAAGCAAUGGGGGAGCUGCCCCUGGUACCGCUGGGAACUGUGCUGUGAGGAGGCCCUGGGUCUGCUGGGCAUCUGGGGCAGAGGGUAGGGCCAGCUGCUUAGUGGGAAUCCAGGUGGGGGGGGUCUCCAUAGGGAGGGCAGGGCACUGACUAGAAUGGAUGGAAGGAGAGUUAGAAGACCCUGCAACCCCAAACAACACCCAAGUUUAGCCACCCCCACCCCAUCCACCAUUUCUGAAAGAUCUGUAAAGAGGAAACGUCCCUUCUCAGUUGUACACUCAUGCUACUGGUCAUUUGAAGCAAACCAGGAAAUAAACAUAAAUCCAACCACAGAGAAAGGUGGUGCUCGCUGGAUUUUGUUUGGUCCCCUCCACCCUGUCCUUUCUAAGGCUCCAGAUGGCUUUAUCAUGCACGCGCUUGAGGUUGUCUCCAGUGUGUUCAUAGGAGGCUUUGAUGUUUUCCCAGGCUACAGUUCAACACUUUUGAGUAAGGCUUGUGGAGAAGCGUUAGGAGGUGGUGCAGGGGCCCCUCUGUGCUGGGCACCUUUCCAGACUCUCCUCCCCAGGCCAGACAGGAGAAGUGACAAAGGCCACAGUAAAAAGUUGUGACCAAAAGAUGGAAGGGCCCAGGGUCCAGCCCCACUGAACACCAAAGAAAAGCACUGUGUGAAAAGAUGGCUUUAUUUUGUAAUGAUGCUAAUACAGCUGGAAUGGCUUCUCAAGAUGUAUAUAUUUUUAAAUGGCAGUCCCUUGUUGCCGUGUCACCCCGUCUAUGUUCUCCUGAAGACCCCUGUAAAUCACACACCCUAGGACUCUUCCAUCCUGAUCCCAUGUAUCUGGAAUCUAAUAAAU